AUGACAAGUCGCUACCCGCUGAAGGCAGGGACAAGCCUGCUCCCUACAAGAACCAUCUUCUCUCUGUCCACAGAGAUCCGUCUCGCCGCGAAGAUCUACUUCGCCGCAACGAUCCCCUCCGCCAAGAAAGGACGAGAGCCCCCUCCGUCCGCACCACGCCGCUCGAGAAAAUCUUCCUCGAGCGACAAACCCCGCAGCUCGAAGAAAUCCUCCUCGAGCGAGAAGAUCCUCAAACUCAUGGAGAAUCUCGUCAAGCCACUCGCCGACGGUUUCGAGUCAAUGCGAGCACAGCAGAAAAAGACUCAGGAACAGGUGGAAGCCCUAGCACGAGAAGACGAUGAAGAUCCGUCAAGUCCCACUGACGGAACAACCCCCGUCCCCGCACUUCAGGCGACUUACCACCCAAGAACUCGAACGGAUGAAUCGUCGCCUCGACGAGGUCGAUUCGAAAGUUCAUCGCGCCACCAGCUCAGCUCCGGAAUUGACGAAAGCACUCGCCGACACCCGAAGAAGCCCGCUCACCCGCAGGCUCCGCCAGAUUGA